AUCAUGAUGGAUGCUCAAUAAUCAGGUCAUCUGGAGGAGUGAGAAAGAGUGGCCAGUGGUGUGGGAGGUUAGGCCGUGAGGCGUUCGGCCAGCAUCCUGUGCAAAUCUUGUUGAAAGUUUGCCCUUACAAGGGAGGGAGUUGUCUACAAAGCCUCUUUGCAGCUGCUCCAGUGACUUCAGUAGCACUACAAAGGGAGGAAAAACACGGAGCAGCCAGUUCUUUGCAGCUCGGAAGAGGAGACUAGCUCUCGACCAGCUAUGAUAUCGAGGUGGAAUUUCUGCGCUACUUUCUCUGGGGUGCUGCUCGCCGUCCAGGCUUUCCCACACACCAAUAUUAAAAUCAGUCAAGGUGAGUCCCCAUCUCCGACGAUAAAAUACUCAAAACUGGGACACCUGAAGCCAAGGUAAUUUUGCUUGGGGUUUUAAUCAGGUGGAGGUUUAAUCUUGGAUCCUAAAUAUCACCUCUUGGUUUUUGUCUCCCUCCCCUUUUGAGAAAAGGCGCUAAGUAGAGCUAUAAAUAGAUAGAUUCCAUUUAUAUCACAAAAUGCAUAAGCUUUAGAAAAUAAAAGAUAGGCAGAAGGGUAGAAUGUUCAGUGACUCCUACGAAUUUGCAUACAUCCAGUCAAAAUUUCCUGUGUAGCACAGCAGCUAUUGACCCAAACUAACAUGUGUAUCAGAACACUGUAAGCCCACUAUAUACGUUUGGUAGCAGCCUGUAUCUCCUAUAUUGAUCACUGAAAUUAAUCCUUCUUCACUUAAAGUUAUUUUCUCUUAGGUUUUGUUCUCUGAAACUAAUAAAGUGAGUUAGUUUGCUGUUGAAACACAGUCCUGUAUUCUCUCAUGCCAUUCUUUGAUAGAUGAUAAUUGUUUUUUUCUAAUUAAGUUAGAAAAGUUGGGAUUUAUGAGUGGCUUACCAGGAAUCAAAAGGCUUUGAUGAAAAGGCAACAUGGAAAGUUAUCGACGAAAUUGACAAUUUGCUCCAACUUUAUUGUUGAAUCCAGUUCUGGUGGCAGCCUGUGUUCAGUAGGAAUAGGGAAGAAAAUUCAUUCAGUUUAAAAGCAAACCUAUGUACUUUUCAAAACAGUAUGUAAACUGAAACUCAGCUAGCUUUUGAAAUUCAUACUUCUCUGAAUUUUGCAAUGCAGUUCUCCAGUCAAGUAAUGUGUCAAAAAAUACAUAUACCAGGUUAAUGUGUGCAUGAAAAUGCCUAUAUAUAUAUAUGCAUAAUUAAUAUACCUUAAGAGGCAUUCUAUUAGAGGAAAUCACUUUACAAAAUAAUAUUGGUCAUAAAUGCAUACAAAAAUGUGUAUAUUAGGAGAAAUUCACACAAAAAUGCUGAUCAAUUUUCAUGAGGAUUUUUUAAAAUGAAAAAAAAACUGAUGUAGACAUGUAAAGAACUGAAAUGAAGAUUGGAAACAUGACAAACAGCAAUAAAUAGAAAUUGACAGAUUCAUUCAUCCCUAAUGUUCAGAUAGCAUCUCAGGCGUCAUUAUGGCUCAGCUAAACUGUUUGAGAGUCUGUGGUAUACUUAUUCACUGUCAUUUCAUUUCCAGACCACUAUUUGUACAAAUUAUGUGGAUUUAUUUGAUUGCAUAAUUAAGUUGUUGUGGAACUUCUGUGUUAUUGAAAUGCCAAGAAAUGAGAUGAUAAAAUGAUUUAUGGGCAUUAGGGAUUAUAGUGUACUUGGUUGUUGUUUUUAAAAACUUACUCAAAUUAAUGGGUUGGAUUCAGGCUAAAAUAGUUGAACUUAAACCCAAUUAAAUCAAAGGGAUGGCAGUCAUGAUAUUAACUUACUGUAUUUUUUGCACCAUAACGCUCACUUUUUUCCUCCUAGAAAGUAAGGCGAAAUGUCUGUGCGUGUUAUGGAGCGAAUGCCUACGGGUGGCGGGGGGAUCUGCUGCAGUUGUGAGCAGAGGAUCCAUGGUUCCCCUUCCUUCCCUCCUCCGUGGCUCGCUUUGAAACAGCAAAGCGGGAGAAGAGCCGCUGAGUGGGGAGGAGAGAGGGACAGAGAGCCUGCUUGCUUUAAAGGAGCAAAGCAGGAGAGGAGAGGAGCCGCUUACAUGAGUGUAAGCGGCUCCUGUCCGAUUGGCUCCUUUAAAGCAAGCAGGCUCUCUGUCCCUCUCUCCUCCCCACUCAGCUCGCUAAAUAGCAUUAUUAGCAGCAUCCUUCUCCACACACCCCAUGCGUGCUCCUUGUCCCUUGAGUGCUUUUCCUUCCCUCCCCACUUAAAACGUGGUUACAAAGCAUGGAUCCACAUGGAUCCUCAGGAUUUUUGCAUUGGGCUACACCAAACUCACUAUCAGAUCACAUGUCUGUGGCCACAGUAUGAACCACAAAAAUAAUACAUCCACUGUUUCGUUUAGAAUAUUUUUUUUCUUGUUUUCCUCCUCUAAAAACUAUGUGCGUGUUAUGGUCUGGUGCGUGUUAUAGAGUGAAAAUUAGGUAAUUUUCACUGAAAUGAAUGAGAAUUAAACACAACUAACUUAUUAUGGAUUCAACUGCUGGGGUGUAAAGUAGAAAAAGGUGAGGAGUUUCUGAGCUCCACUGCAAUAUAACCAACCUUACUUUGGAUGGAUUUAGGGAUGGAAGGAUCUGCUCAUUUUGGUUCUCGGUUUCUCAUUUUUCCUAUCCUAACAUUUGCAGCAGUUUGUAAUUAAGAAGGAAAAAAACUCCUGGAAAUUAAUCAGGAUUUUAUGUCAAAUUUCUCCUAAUAAACAUUUUUCAACCAAUUUCUCAAUUUUUGCAUUUUUGUAAACAUUGUUCAAUUGGCGAUCUGCAUUGCAAAAUUGGAUAAGGGCAAAUUUCAAAGGAUAGGUGUGUUUCUGUUCUCAUGAAAUUUUGGAAGUUGUAGAUUGAAUAGAUCUGGCUUCAAAUGAGGCCAGAAUCGAAUUUCUCCCCCAUUUCUUCAUGCUGUCUAAGAAAGCCACGUGACUGAGGAUGGACAGAAUUAAUUUCACUUUCUUUCGGUGUUUGAACAGUUCAGCCACUGAAGUUGGUGGAACAUAUUCUAGAGAAAGUGAGUUCAUCUGAGCUUCACUGAAAUACCAUAUGAUCUCAUCUUAUGCGGGGGUUUGGUUCUAAGGGUCCUGCAUAUACAUAAAAAUAGCAUAUACCCAAACUCUUGGAGGCGCCCCACAGCUGCCAGGAAGAAAGACACACACACACACACACACACACACACAGAAUCCCCAUACUCCCAGAGCCCGCAUGCCCAGCACAUAAAUAAACAAAUAAUAGAUAUCAUUGCUACUUCUUUAUUUCCACCAAUACCUAUUUCUCCUGUUUUUUCAUGUGACAUGUAAGUGACUACCCUAACCCAUCAAAUUUUGCCGACCUUUUAACUAGCAUCAUGGGUGCUGGUUCCUAGCAGCCGAGCCCUUUUGGGCCCCCUAUAUUUUUGGGGUAGGAGCUGCCCCCCGAUGUCCCAAAAGUGCGGAGCUGAGCGCCCUUCCUCCUCCUCCUGCCACAGAGGGGAAGGAAAGUUGAAGCAGCCUCCUGCCAGUGGCGGCACCAAGAAGAGGCAGAGGAGGAGCUGCUGGCCAUCGCGCCAUGCAGCCACCAUGUUUGGCUCCACCCUGGCUCCUCCUGACUUCCUGAUGCCACGCGCAUGACGUUGGGACAUCGCAAGAUCACACGUGUGGCGUCGGCCCCCCUCCCCAAUCACCCUUGAAAGCUGGUGCCUCUGACUAGCAUAUUAUAUUAUUUUCUCCUUUUAAAAGUACAGCUAGCAAAUAAAUCCUGAGGCGAAUAUGACAUCCUUGAUUUAACUCAGCCCUGGGAGUUGAAAGCUUACUGGCCUCUCGUCUAGAGACUGGGCCAACGCUGCCAUUGGCAACUGAACAGGAAAGGUGCUAAUUAGGGGGUUGACCCGCUUUGCCUUCUCUCCUCUUGCACAUUUAACCUUAAAAUUCUUUCAGGCACCUCUGGUGCACUGGAGCUAAUCAAAUUAAUGUUACCUACUGGGGCAAGUGGUACAGAAAUUCAACAAGCUGAAUGGUUCAGACAGCUUCAUUUUCCACCAGAUGAUGGGCCGUUUUCUGAAGAGGAAUUUGGAGGGGGAAACCAGCUUGAAAGCUUCGACUGGGGCCUGACUCAUCCUUCCAGUAAGGUGUGCAGAACCUUUGGCUGAACUACAACUCCCAUCAUCCCUGGCCAUUGGCUGUGCUUGCUGAGCUGAUGGGAGUUGAAGUUUGGCCAGAUCUGGAGGACCAAAAGUUUCCCCAACCUGCCCUUGAUAUUUACGGUAACACUGAGAAUGAACCUUCUGUCUCAUGUCUUUGCCACACUCCAGAAACAUACCCUCCCUGCUUUUAGUGGUGUCAUUGAUUGAUUGAUUGAUUGAAAUAUUUAUAGACCACACUUUCAUUUUUUUGAAAAAGACACAGCCAGGCAGUAUACAAACUCACCGAAAGAUAAAUAACAAACAUAAAUAAACAGCGGGCAAUAAAAAGAAAUCCACAUUGGAAAGACCUGUCUGAAUAGCACAGCUUUUUGGAGAUGGCUGAAAGAAGGCAGGGAUGAUUUGUGCUGAAUCUGUAGUGGCAGGGAGUUCCACAGGGCAGGUCCUGCCACACUAAAAACUUGGUCUUUAGUUAAAGGCUGACCGAACCUCAGGGGCUAGAUGAAACUCUCAAUUAUCAAGGUAGAACAUAAGGAAUCAAGAAUUCCUUAGGUGCUUUGGAUCCCCGUUUAUAAAACCAUAGAAUUGGAAGGGAACAUAAGGGUCAUCUAGUCCAACCCCCUGCAAUGCAGGAAUCUUUUGCCCAACAUGGGACUUGAACCCACAACCCUGAGAUUUAAGAGUCUCAUGCUCUCUACCAACUGAGCUACCAAGGUGGGUUAGAUCUUUGUGAAUUAGCGCAAGAACCAGGAGCCUAGCUUGGUAGCAAACUGGCAAUGAGUCAGGGACAUUGGGAUGGGUGGGGGACACAAUUCUGGUCCUUCUUUCCCACGUUAAGAGACGUGACGUCGCCUGCUGAAGUGGUAUUUGCUAGAGGGGAUAGGAGGACAAGGCUGUUUAUCCAGCGUGGUGGGUUUUAUCUAAUCUCCUCUUUUGUGGGCUUCUUUCCAGAUGCCUCUCCUGAGCACUUCCCCCUCCCAGCUCUGCAUUGCCCGCAGCCAAUGGUGUGUCAAGAUGCAUGGAAAUGACAGCUGUUGCUCGUCUCUUUUGACAACUGUUGUUGAGACAGAGGUGGCUUUCCUGACCCAUGUAAUCUUCUGCACUCCCAGGACUGAUAGCAAGUGAAUCUGACAAGUGGAAGUGUCUUGAGAUAUGAGCCUCUCUAACCUAUUUCCUUCCUCUCUCCCUAGCUUUGCCAGAGCCAAUUCUCUCUUACUCUUGCCCUCUCUUUUGGACUGAAUAUGAAGGCUUUUGCUAUAGAUACUUUCCAAUCAAUAAAACAUGGGCGGAAGCUGACUUGUAUUGCGCAGAGUUCUCCAUCGGCCUAAAAUCAGCCAAAUUAGCUUCCAUUCACAGGUAAGAAUCAUGCAAUAAUGUUGCCCCAUUUGCCCUAAUGCAUCACCCUUCGCUGGUGCCUUGUUGCUGUGGAACACUUCGGAUGUGUUCAGAGGAUGGAGACAAAAAUGGCGAGCGGUUUAGGAACCAAGUCCUGUGAGGGAAAGGUUGAAGGAGUUGGAGAUGGUUCGUUUGGAAAAGAAACAAUUGAAAGGUGAGACUAUACUAUCCUCAGAUAUCCAGAGGACUGUUGUAUAGGCAGAACAAAUUUGUUUUCCUGUUGCUCCAGUAGCUUCAAAUGACAAGGGAAAGGAUUUAGAUUAACCUUAGGAAGUACUUCCUGAUGGUAUGAGCUGUUUGACAGUGGGACAGGCUGAAUUGGAAGUUGGUGGAUUUUUAGAGGUUUUUAAGCAUAGAAUGGGGACGCGGGUGGCGCUGUGGUCUAAACCACUGAGCCUAGGGCUUGCCAAUGAGUAGGUCAGCGGUUCGAAUCCCUGUGAUGGGGUGAGCUCCCGUUGCUCAGUCCCUGCUCCUGCCAACCUAGCAGUUCGAAAGCACGCCAAAGUGCAAGUAGAUAAACAGGUACCGCUCCGCAGGAAGGUAAACGGCAUUUCCGUGCACUGCUCUGGUUCGCCAGAAGCGGCUUAGUCAUGCUGGCCACAUGACCCAGAAGCUGUACGCCGGCUCCCUCGGCCAAUAAAGCGAGAUGAAUGCCGCAACCCCAGAGUCAGUCACGACUGGACCUAAUGGUCAGGGGUCCCUUUACUGCCUUCAGGGAUCCAACUGUAAACUGAUGUAAGUAAACUUCUUUUGACUUUGAAUAAGGAAGCUGUACGCUGGCUCCCUUGGCUAGUAAUGUGAGAUGAGCGCCGCUACCCCAGAGCCGUUCGCGACUGGACCUAAUGGUCAGGGGUCCCUUUACUUUUACCUUUAAGCAUAGAAUGUAGUGUCGACUUUCUGCAUCAACUGAGGGUGGGACUACAUGAACCUUGAGGUCCCCCUCCUAACUAUAUGAUUGAUGGUUUUUGCGAUGCUGUUCUCCAACCAACCCGUGUUUACAGAAAUGCACAUAUCAGGUGAACAUGUGCUUAAGAUGAAUAUCUUAAUGAAAAUAACCUACAAAGAUGCAUCUUAUCAGGAGAAAAGUCUUGCAUAAGUGGCGUGCAUGAGUCAAAACAGUGCAUAAAAAGUUGUUUAUUAGGAGAUAUUUGCACUAAAAUGCUGAAGACUUUUGUGAGGAAUUUGAAACUGCACAUUGCUGCAAAAGGCAGACCACUGAAAUUUGAGGUUAGAAAAAUGAGAAGUGUAGCGAACUAAAAAGAAAGAGCUAGCACAGCAUAGUGGUUAGAGCGUUGGACUAGGAACUGGGGAAGUAAGGGUUUGAAUCUGCACUCAGCCUUGAAACCCACUGGGUGACCUUGGGGGCUAGUCACUGCCUCUCAGCCUAACCUACCUUGCAGGUUGCUGUGGGGAUUAAAUGAGGAGAGGGAGAGCCAUGUCUGCCACCUUGAGCUCCUUGCAGAAGAGGUGGGUGUAAAUGCAAUGAAAUAAAGAAAUAAGUAUUAACAGAUCUUUGCAUUCCUAAUUACAUACGACUAUUGGCAGCUGGGAAGAGAAUGUCUUCGUCUACGACCUGGUAAACAGCCGAGUGCCUGGAAUACCGACGGAUGUUUGGAUGGGACUUAAUGAUCUUAGACAGGUAAGAACCUAACCGUAUCAGUUGCUGCACCUCUCAUCAGACCCAUAAUAAGAAGAGACCUGCUGGGUGAGACUUUGGUGGCAUCUAGCCUAGCAGAAGUGGAGCAUUAAGGGAAAUAGCCCUGCUUUAUAUUGAGUCAGCCUGUUUAUCCAUCUAGGUCAGCAUAAUCUAUGCCAGGGGUCAGCAACCUUUUUCAGCCGUGGGCCGGUCCACCAUCCCUCAGACCUUGUGGGGGGCCAGACUAUAUUGGGGGGGGGGGAAUGAACAAAUUCUUAUGCCCCACAAAUAAUCCAGAGUUGCAUUUUAAAUAAAAGGACACAUUUGAUUCAUGUAAAAACACGCUGAUUCCUGGGCCGUCCGCGGGCCGGAUUUAGAAGGCGAUUGGGCCGGAUCCAGCCCCCGGGCCUUAGGUUGCCUACCCCUGAUCUAUGCUGACUUGGCAGCAGCUCUCCAGAGUUUCAGAUGGGGGUUCUCUCCCAAACCUACCUGGAGAUGCUGGGAUCUUCUGCAUGGAGAACAGAUGCUCUUCCUCAAAGUAACAGCUGGAUAAUUAAACAGCCCUGGCAGCUUCCUAUAUGCCUAUAUAUUCCUAUGCUUCUGCCCUGAGGGAAGUCGGUUAUUGACAGGAGUGAGCCAGCAGUAAAUCACACAAAGUAAGAAGAGUUAACUCUAUAUUAGGAUCUACACUGGAUGUCAUGCCUAGUGAGCACAGCAACUGUUCUUCGGUAGGUCUUGCUCCCAAGGUUUAACCCUUUAGGAUGUUGCAAUAAGCAAGGAGGAUGAAUUGUACUGGCUAAUUAACCUGCCUUCUCGAAAUACAAAAUUCUUCCGCAAUAGGUUUACCCUACACCCUACCUCAUUGGCUCUAUCGAAAGCAGUAUGUGCACUGAAAGGCAGCUAUUCUACAGAAUCUGCCCUUCUCAGAAUUGUGUGCAGUGCAGCUCUCUAACUCGCCCCAAAAACUGCAUGGUAGGAGAUAGCUGGGCAUAGAAAUGCAUAUAUUAGUGAGAUUAAUGUACAGGCAACUCCCCAUUUAUGUAUGCACACAUCGGUACAAAGUCCGGAGUGGUACGAAAAGGGGCAAAGGGGGCCUAAAAAGAGCAAGGAAAUGGCAGAAAUGGCUCAAAAGCAGUGUUUAGCAAUUCCACAAGCCUUCGCGAGUGUAAUCCCAGGAGCCCUUGCACUGAGUUGGAGUUUGAGCAAGGAGGGUUUGGAAGGAGAAAUGGUGGGUUUGCAGACUUUUUCAAUGGUGUUCCAAAUAUGCACAAUUUCACUUAAACACACAGUGUCUCGGAAUGUAAAAUGAGGAGUUGCCUGUAUAAAAUGCAUUAUUAAAUUAAGGCGAAUUUCUUGCAAAAAUGUGAACCAUAUUGGCCUGAAUAUAAGUCUCACUUUUUAUCCAAAUUUCGACCAUGAAAAGUUAAAGUGCAGCUUAUAUAUGGUGUGCAGCCAGGAGCAGUGAGGAAUGGAGCAGCUUAUAUUCGGAUAUUUUUUCUUUUUUCCUCUCCCCCCCUCCAAUUUUAAAGAUGUGGCUUAUAUUUGGGUGCAGCUUAUAUUCAGGCCAGUACGGUAUAUUAGGAGAAUAGGUUGGUUAAACCCAUUGGUUUUAAUGCAGAUUAAGUUAAAAUCACAACCACGCCCCAUUGAUUUAAUUGAAUUUAUCUUCAGCCAAUUUAGCCUGGAUCCAACCAAUUGAUUUCAGUACAUUAAAAAGUACAUGAAGAUGACUCAUGCCCACACAUCAGUUUGCCAUCUCAUUUCUGGGUUUUUUAUAAUACAGAAGCCCCAUGAUGGAAGUCCCACCUGUAAUUGAUACAGAUACUGGUCUUGAAAUGAAAUGACAGACAUUUAUUCAGUCAACAAAUAUAUACCACACACACUGACAAAGUUGCCUUCUUGGGCAAGGCACUUGCUUUUCAAAACCAGUGGGCAGGUUUGCUGAGCAGCUAUAAUGACAGCUGAAAUGGUAUCUCCAAACCAAGAAUAGGUGAAUCUGCCCAUUUUGGUUUUUCUCUGUUUCUCCAUUUUUCAGCCUUAAAUUCAGUUCUACACAUUUCCACAUCUUCUUGUUUUUUAAAAAAUCCUCAUGAAAAUUCACCAGCAAUGAAAUGUGGGUUUCUCCUAAUACAUACAUUUGUAUGUGAUUUUUGUCGAUUUUUUUUGCAAAGCAUUUUCUCCUAAUAUAAUGCAGUUUUCCUCCAAUACAUGCACGUUUAUGCACACGUUGCCACUGUACGUGUGUUUUUGUACCCACGACUUCGCUCGAGAUCUGCAUUGUCAAAAUUCAGAGAAGUUUUGAAAAAUGACCGCUCGUUGGCUUGUGUAUUGCUUUGGAAAGUGUGUGUUAGCUAGGUUCGCUUUGAAAUGUAAACUGAAUGGCAUUUCUUCUCCAUCCCUAGAAUGCUCCAAAUGCUUCCAUCUAUGCUGGUUAACAGCAAAGAUUGAAUAUGUGCCAUUUCCUGUCUGUUUCCCUAGCACUAACUCCCUGGUGAUGUAUUUGGUAGGAAAGCAAUUUUGAAUGGACAGAUGGCUCCUCAUAUGACUAUAACUACUGGGAUGGCAAUCAACCAGACGACGGGAUCCACUCUAAACCAGAAGAUGAAGACUGUGUGCAGAUCUGGUACAGAUACAGCAGUGGUAGGUGGUACAGUAGAUGUAUCUCAGAGAUGGCCUCUUCCCAGGAGCUGAGGAUGCUCAGGCAGGAGAAGAGGCAAGAGGCAAUAUGAUUGCCACCUUCAGAUAUCUGAGUGGCUGUCACAUAAAUGAUGGAGCAGAGUUGUUUCCUGAGUGCCUCGCAACUCAGGGACAGAGCACAUGCUUAUGAGAUGCAGAUGUUGUCAUGUUGCAGAUAUGGUGGAAAAAAGCAGAAAGAGAGUCUACCCAGGCAGGGAGCAGGGGCGAAUCUACUAUGAAACUAAUGACUUUAUCCACAUUACUUAAAUUUUGGGGGUCUAGUAGACCUAAUUUGAGUCGCACGACUCAAAUGGGUUGAUUUUUUUGCUGUGUAUAUUUCAGCAAUCCCAAAGUUUGCGAAUCAGCAGCACAGAUGUUGUAAAUGUGGAACACUGUGGUAAGUUGGCUGUUCUGCUGUGGCUAAUGUAUCCUGCCCCUGCCCCCCUUAUUAGCAGAGGUCAAGACCCUAGAGGAAUAACAAUGAGUUCACAAAAGUACUGAAGCAGAUGCAAAAGUGGUUAUUCAGACCUCGUUGCUGGUUGUGAUGGCCCCCCCCCCAUAACAGUUCAAGCUUCAGGGGCCCCCAAAUAUAGGUCCACCAUUAGCAGCGAGGACCAUAUAUAGCUAUGCCCUCUUCCUGUUAGGGCACAAAGGGGAAGUGAUCUCACCAAGUUUGACACGAAAGGAAAAUGGGAGCUAGAGGGGAGAGGAAUGUGAGCGAAUUUAGGCACCUGUUCUUAAAGUUAGAAAGUGAUUACAUUCAAGUCUUGUAUUCUCAGUGACAUGCUACUUUCCUGUGUGCAGGAUUAAUAUUAUUCAUAUUGGGUACAGUGGAACAUUGCCUCUGAGUUUGAGCUAGCAGAAGCUUUGCCUCUUCAAUAUGCUGCCAUUGCUUCCUUCCUUGGAAACUGGGGUGUAAAACUCCACCCAACACACUCCUUAUCUCUCUCUCUCUCUCUCUCUCUCUCUCUCUCUCUCUCUCCCCCUCCCUCCCUCCCCACCCAAUUUCUUUUUCAUAGCUUUAAGGUCUUGGAAUGACAAUAGCUGCAGCAGAGAAUUUCCAUUUGUGUGCAAGAUCCCAUCCCUGGCUGCUGAUUAAGCGUUUGCCCAUAACAAAAGCAACAACUCAACUUCUGUCCAAACAACAUGGAAUGAAAUGGAUGUACAACCCUUUUCUAAGCCUGUCUCCCCAUCCCACUGCACCCCGAUCUCAUGCCCUCCAGAUGUUUUGGACCCCAAAUCCCAUUGGGGUUGGGAGCCGUAGUUCAAAGCAUCUGAAGAGCACUAGAUUAGUGGGAGGCUAUUCUAAGGCAUAAUUCUCUCACCUCUAAUAAACAUAUUUCUGUAUCUGACUCAAUGAAGGCUCCAGCUAGUCAUCAUGACCAAGUUUGUGUGUGUGUGUGUGUGUGUGUGUGUGUGUGUUUGUAUGUUCUGUACCUGGUCAAUGCUCAGGGAUGAUGGGAGCUGGAGUCGAGGAACAUCUGGAGGACCACAGCUGCCCCAUAUCUGGUGUAUUCACUGGGGCCCAGCUGCAUCCAGGUAAUUUUUUGCAGGGGGUACAUUUGCUACCGGUAUGCAAUGUGCAGCUGUCAUCAGUGAACAGACCGCAUCUUCCAAUGCUGUUGUUUUUAGAUUGUGAUAUUGAUUAUAGCAGGUGUGGGGAACCUUUAGCCCUCUGGGUGUGGCUGAACUACAGUUCCCAUCAGUCACAGCAAGCAAGACCAAUGGUUGGGGAUGAUGGGAGUUGUAGUUCAGCAACAUUCCAAGGGCCAAAAGUUCUCCACACUUGGAUUUUAGCAUCUGGCACAUUUUGCUUUACAAACCAACUUCAGGUUUAAUUUUAGGUGAAGGGUUUGGGUUGUGGCUAUUGUUUUUUUUGUUUUUUUGUUUAUUAAGGUUUGCUUUCUUGGUUUAUGGCCCCAGAACUAGGCAAUAUGGUACCCUCCAGGUGUUGUGGAAUACAGUUCCCAUCUCUUCCCUUAUCAUUGGCCAUGCUGUCUGGGUGUGCGUAUUUCUUUUCUUGGGUCAACAGGUAGGUUUUGAACAUUUAGAUGAUGCUGACUACAGUUCCCAUCAUCCCUGCCCAUUGCUCAUGCUUUCCCAGGGCUGAUGGGAGUUGUAGUUUGGGAACACCUGGAGGACCAGAGGUUCCCUGGAUCUUCAUGAGAAGCACAGCACAAUCAGAUUGUCUCGAGCGACUUUUUCAUAUUGGGGCCAAUGAAUGAAUCAGUUUUGAGCCAUGGUGGGUGGGUGGGAAAUAGAGUAAAAAAGCAAGAGUCCCCAUCUCAGUCAGCCCAUGUUAAAUAGGUAACAGUUCUGUUUUUAUGUCUGUGUCGAGAUGUUAGACGGAGUGGAUGGCAAUUAGGACUGGCAUGAUUAUUUCGAGAUGAAUCAGCGGGCCAAAUGGAAAAUUGAUCAACAUCCAUAUGCUUAGAUCAGCCUUCCCUUGUGUAGAAGCGCCGUGUUGUUUCAUAGCAGUUUGUUGCACUGCUAAUGUCAAGAGCUUUCUGCCCCUCUCGACUCUUGCUGCUGACUCAUACUCAGGUGCAGAUGAAUGCAGACGCUGAAUGGGCUUUCUGGGCUGAAGCCCAGCGGUGACAUGAUGUGUAACCAGGGCUGGGAAAUGAAGGAAUAGCACGUCCUGUUAGGUAGUAGGAGCAACACUUUUAUUUGUUUAGCUAAAAGCCAAAACAGGGGAAAAUGGAACCCAACCUCUCCUGUUUAGAGUGUGGAUGUUCCACAGGAACACUCUUAUUACGUGAUUGCUGCUUCUUUCUCAUAAUUAAAAAGAUCCUUCUUGUCUUUCUGCUUGUCUGAAACGUAAAAAAAAAAAAGAUCAAUCUGGUUUAACAGUGACUUAAGACCUUAACCAAACAAGACAAUCAACAUUAAAUAAAUGAACUGAAACUUAACGUGCUUUCUGCUGAUUUGUCUCUCCAGCUUUUUACUGUUCUGUCUCCUUGCAGAAUAACAAAAUGCUGUGGUCUACCUUGGGAUGCUGUUAGGUGCCGUUGUCCUUUGAGGUGCCUUUGAGUUCACCAAGGCAUAUGUUUAUUGCUUGAAAGACGCUGUGAUUCCUGCAUUGCAAGGGGUUGGACUAGAAGGCCCUUGGGUGUCCCUGCCAACUCUACAAUGCUAUGAUUCGAUGUAAUCCCAAUGGCUUGCAGCCUGAACCUGGCCUUAAACAAUGAGAAAGGGAGAGGUCACCUAAUAACAUUGAGGAAAACGUUGGGUGGCGGGGAUAUAAGAAGGCUGCUUAACCAGACCAAUGGCAAAUCUGCUCCAGGGGUGGGAAAACCCCAUGGUUGGAGGCCAAAUGUGGCCCUCUGGGCAUUUAUUUCAGGCCCUCAAGACUCUCUCCAGGUAGGGGUAGGAGGACCUGUCAAUUUCAGUUCUCUCUGUUUCUCCGCAUUUCUGCAGCAAUCUGCAACAGCAUCAACAACAAAUCCUGAU